AUGGGUGGCGAAAGGCCGGGCAACCUGCCCAAGGUCAUGGGUGUAUCAUUACGGAAGCUCUCCCUAAGCAUUCUGACAGUCCAAUUUUCUACCUUUAUAUUGCUCCUUCAUUACUCUCGCGUGAUGCCGACAGUUGACGGACAGCGUUAUCUUCCUUCGACCGCCGUCUUCUUGGUCGAAGUCCUCAAAUUGGCAGUAUGCCUCACGAUAUCCCUAUACGAAAUCUCUCUAUCAGCUCCUCGAUCCACACCCGCAACGUCUCUUCUCGGCACUUUGGGCAGCGCAGUCUUCGCUGGCGACAGCUGGAAGAUGGCCUUUCCGGCUGGGCUCUACACCCUCGCGAACAGCCUACAAUACGUUGGCAUCUCAAAUCUCGACGCGGCGACGUUCCACGUCACAUACCAGUUCAAGAUCAUUGCUACAGCUGUCUUCAGCGUCAUGCUUCUGCGAAGAACAAUCUCGGGACGACAAUGGUUAUCUCUGAUACUACUCAUGCUGGGAGUUGCAAUCGUCUCUCUUCCUCAUGACUCGUCGACAUCCCUGGCUUCGAGCCACCAUACCCACAUCUACGUGCCGCGAUCAUUCAACCCCCUAAGCGAGCAUUUUGGGCGGCGAGAUCAUGGUGCGCACCUCAAGAAGCGAUCAGCCACGUAUGAAGGCAUCGAAGAAGAUGAGCUCGCCCUCUACAACCCAGGCAUGGACGCUUCUGUGGGUUUAUUUGCCGUGCUUGGGGUUUGCAUAUGCUCAGGUCUUGCGGGAGUCUAUUUUGAAAAGGUCAUCAAAGAGUCCCCCAGGCCGACAUCUCUCUGGAUUCGGAACGUACAACUAUCGACAUACUCACUCUUUCCGGCGUUCUUCGUCGGCAUUCUAUUUCUCGAUGGCGAGACAGUAGCCAAGUAUGGCUUCUUUGCGGGCUACAAUUGGGUGGUUGCGCUAUCCAUUGCGAUUCAGUCUUUUGGUGGCAUCGUGGCGGCGUUCUGCAUCUUUUACGCCGACAACAUCUCGAAGAACUUUGCUGUUAGCAUCAGCAUGGUUCUCAGCAGUCUGGCAAGCUUCAUGUUUUUUGACUUCGCCAUGACUGGUCAUUUUUUGAUUGGGGCAUCGAUAGUCCUCCUCGCGACUUGGGUUUACAAUUCUGAGGAAGCCCGGCAGCUGCGAACCCCGGCGAUCACUCUCAACGAAGACGAUAAAGCAGCUCUCAAUGGUUCGGCCGGGCUAAACGACAUGUCAAUCCAGAUUCCAAAGACUCCUUUGCUUCAAGAGGAGACGGCUUUGGCCACUUCGAGGCCUGGUUCACCCAGCCACAAAAAGAGAAAUAAGGAAGCUCUCGGCUAUUUCACAAAGCAUCACGACUGA